CUCUCCAUGGAAGAUUCAAGCCUGGCCAGCAGUGUGGACGUGGACAAAGGCUUUGCCAUCGCCUUUGUUGUUCUCCUGUUUGUAUUCCUAAUAGUGAUGAUUUUUCGGUGUGCCAAGUUGGUGAAGAAUCCCUAUGAGGCCACCUCCACCACCGCAGAAUCAUCUCUGAGCUGA